UUAACAGUUUGCAGACGAAUUCCCAUGGCAAUGUGUUUAGCUGGCGACGUGGAAAGGUUGCCCUCUGCUUCUCAAUUAGCUAAACCUGGGGUUUCCUGAAAGCAGUCGCUUCAAAAAUGGCAUAUUUGAUACACUUUAAAUGAGAGUUUUAAAGGACAUAGACGUGUCACUAUUUCGAGUCGAAAGUACAUUUUUUGGGAGAGCAGGGAAAUGAAUCACUAACGCGUUUAUCGUUACCUCGAAGUUAUUUUUUGACUGCAUACAGCCAUGGAUGGUGCUAUAGCGGUUAUUUUAAUAUCCGCGGCUAUGUUCCUCGGGUGUUUUCUUUUAGGGCUGAUCCCACUUCUGUUCAAGCUCUCAGAGCAAAAGCUGCAGUUUAUCAGCGUUCUGGGAGCCGGGUUGCUGUGUGGAACAGCUCUUGCCAUUAUCAUUCCAGAGGGUGUCGAGCUUCUAGAAGAUUCCUGGAGAGCCCCCGCCCCGUCCUGUCCCAGCGUAGCAGCUAAUGAGAACGCCACCGAGGCCAGUCCGUCCUCGGUGCAGCCUACAGCGAGAGGCUUGCCCCCACACUUCUUCAUCGGAGUGUCUCUGGUGGUGGGCUUCACUCUCAUGUUCGUGGUGGACCAGAUCGCCAGCUACUGCUCCAUCCACGACCCACGGACUGGCAUGUCCCAGAGUACCAGCAUCACCGCCACGCUGGGACUGGUCAUCCACGCUGCUGCCGACGGGGUGGCCCUGGGGGCGGCGGUGGCCUCGUCUCAGAUCUCCGUUCAAGUCAUCGUCUUCUUUGCUGUGAUCCUGCACAAGGCCCCUGCUGCUUUUGGCCUGGUGUCCUUCCUGAUGCACGCGGGCCUGGAGAGACGGCAGAUUCAGAAGCAUCUCCUGGCCUUCUCCGUCGCGGCACCCUUGCUGGCUGUCAGCACUUACUUUAUCUUGAGCACGACUGGUGGCUCAUUGCAACACCGUCUCAGUGCCACAGGCAUAGGAAUGCUCUUCUCUGCUGGAACCUUCCUCUAUGUAGCCACUGUGCAUGUGCUACCAGAGAUCAGCAGCAGGGGGCAGCAGCAUUCCCCUCACAUUCACAACCACGCAGGCACAGGCACUUACCAGCAAGGGGGGCUGGGGGUAUUGGAGAGCCUCACUCUCAUUAUUGGGGCAGGGCUCCCCGUGCUCCUAGCGCUGGGACUUCAUGACGACUAACACGGCAGACUGGCUGUCACCAACAAGAUUGUGUGAUGUUUGCUUCAUGUGUCAGUGUAACUGUCUCUGCAGGGUCGGCAAACAAAGGACUGUCUGCUAAAAAUGCAGACAUCUCAGAGGCAACUGUUCAAAGAUGCACAUCUAGUGGUUUCAGCCCAUCUCUUUUGACGUUUUUAUUUCUCAGAAGAGUUGGAAUUUUGGGAUUUUGUUUCAGGUUUAGCUGUUUGGAAUGGAACACCUUGGGGAUAUUUUCAUAAAUUUGAAUUGAAAACGUCAUAAAUUCAACAGCAAAACCUCAUGAGUUUCCCUUCUUUUUUCUUUUUUUUUUUUUUUGCAAUUUUCCACCUUUUUCAUCCAACUUUAUGUUAUCCCCAAUUAUGUAUUAGCCUUCUCUCAUCACAGAAACCUCUGCACUCACUUCGGAGCACAGGCCAUAGCGAAUGCAGUCCUCUGGUACACGUUCAUGCCAACGACAGCUGUUUUUUUACACUAUGAGCCCCACAGUGCACCAGGAAGGAGACAGAGUAAACUGGAGCAUCCUCCUGACAUCAUCCGAGUAACUCUCCAGCACCAGAAUGAGUCACAGGGCUCUGAGAGUGGCGCAGCAGGGAAACCCUGUCCAAAAAACCCACAUAACCCCAGCGGAACAAAGACAGUUUGUUCCUUCACUAUAGGAUCCUCAUCACUGUCGGCAAUAUUUCCACUUCUGGUCCUGUUUGGUUUCCUUGUGUCUCGUCUCUUUGGAGGGGCUUCAUCGGCACAAAGAAAUCUCUGCCUGAUCCGUUGUCGCAUUUUCAUUUCAAAAUCAUGUUUGUCUGUUUUGUGUUGCUUUUAGGUCCUGCUGCACAAUAUGUCUUCGCAGCAGUUUCCCUGGUUUUAAAACACAAGACAGCCGCAUUCCAUAGUAGGCAGUGGUGCCAAUAGCUAUCCUCGUGCCACAUUUCCACUUAUGUGCAAUUGCCCAGUUUAAGGGCCCUCACGUGGACUGGUGCACAAAAUUGUGCGUGCUGCACAAUUUUGCUGUGGAACACAAUCCUAUAGUCUUGGUUAUCAUAAAGGAAUUGUCACAGUCGAACUUUCUGUAAGAUGUUGUUACAUCAGAGGGAUUAAUAGUACUGUAGUCUGUUCCUGGGAACAUGCCGACGUUGCGUUAACUGUAAAAAAGUGUAAUACUCAAAUCUUCAUUGAGAUUAAAAGUGAAAAAGCUAACCCAAAACAACUUAAUAUUGCGAUUGUAAAUUGAAUCAUGAAUAUCUUCCAUAAAUAGUG